UUGCAUGUGACUGCAACUCUAUGGAAAAGAAGCGGCGGAGCUCAUGCGAGAUAGAGCCAUCUCCAUCUAGCUAGGGAGAAGAACCCUCUUUUCACUUUUUUUCCGGUGAUUCCUUGGGUAACCCACACAAACCGACCACCAAAUAUUCCAUCCCAGCACCACCGCCCGCCACAAAGCAAAUGCGAUAUAAAAAUGCAACUCGUUGCAUGGCCGGUGGCCUGCGCUAAGGUUUCUCCGUUAGCUACAACUCUUUGCAUUGCGGGCAGAGAAGCCCGAAACCAACUCUAAUCGUCAGAGCUUCGAUAAUGACUGCAAAAUCGGAGACACCACGAAUAACGGAGCUGCAUGUAAGGGUGGACUGCAACGGCUGCGAGAACAAGAUCAGGAAGGCCCUGCGUGCCAUCGAUGGUGUUAGCGAAGUGUAUAUAGAUCAAGCAAGCCACAAGAUCACUGUGGUCGGGAUGGCCGACCCAUGGAGGAUGGUCAAGGCCAUCAGGAAGGCCAAGAGGGUCCCCACCAUCUUCUCCCACACCGACCCGGCCGCCGCAGCCGAGGCUGAUCAGCCGCCGCCUCCCGCUGCCGAAGCCGAAGAAGCCGAAGCCAAAGGGGAGGCCCAGGCGCCAGCGCCAGCGCCACCACCUCCCGCCGACCCGCCAGCAGCCGGCGACAGAGCAGAGGAGACCGCGCCAGCUGAUACGUCCGCGCCGGAGGAGCACAAGGAGGCCAAACCGGCAGAAACCCCGGCGGCUGUGGACGCCACCGUGGUGGUGCGCACAGUACGUGACCACCCGUACGGGUACGGCGCUGGCGGCCAUGGCCACCGCAUGUGCAGUGAGGCGAACCACCCCGUAGACAGCUUUUACAGCCACCAUCGCCCGACGAGCCCUUACGUGGCCGAGUACGGCGCCGGCGGCGGCUAUGCUGGCUUUCCGGUGCAAGAAGGCAGGGGCAAAGAGGAUGCCAUCAAUAUCACUUGUAUGUUCAGCGAUGAGAACCCAAACGCAUGCAGCAUAGCGUAAGAUCCAUGUGUUUGCAAUCUGCUCAAGGAAUUCCUUUCUGCAUGAUUGAUGCCAAAGAAGGUUGCAUAGCUGCUGGCUAGUGCCGAGGGGGACAGAUCAUCAUGUAGGCUUUAGCCUACGUACAGCGGCUAGUGUGUAGCUGCUGUAAUAAGGCUUGGGUUGAUGUAAUUAAAAGGGUGAGAAAGGUAACAGAAUGGGAACAAUAAGAUGCUUAACUUGUGCA